GGAGGAGAUCUUGACAGUGCACUGCAAGCGGCGUCGCGGCGGGGCACAGUAGCAAUGGUGCAGAUGCUGCUGGAUGCUGGCGCAGAAGUAAAUGCGCAAGGAGGAUUCCAUGGUAACGCUCUGCACGCGGCGGCAUCGGAGCCCGGACGCACUGAGGUCGUGCAGAUACUGCUUGAUGCUGGCGCGAACGUGAACGCGCAGGGAGGAGAAUUUGGCAACGCGCUGCAGGCGGCCUCGUUUGAAGGUUCACAGUCGGUCGUAAAGCUAUUGCUAGAUGCCGGGGCGGAUGUCAAUGCACAGGGAGGAGAAUUUGGCAACGCGCUGCAGGCGGCCUCGUUUGAAGGUUCACAGUCGGUCGUAAAGCUAUUGCUAGAUGCUGGCGCGAACGUCAACGCGGGAGGGACUUUGGGUAGCGCACUGCAGGUGGCCUCGGUGGCGAAC